AUGGAACUGAAUGAUGUUAAAAUGAAUGUUGUGGAGGAAAAGGUGGAAGAAAAUAUCCAAAAUAAAGUACCAAUUAAACUAGAGGAUGAACAAAAUAAAUCAAUACAAAGUGAAUAUAUUCUUGGAUAUAAUAAUAAUGUUGGAUUAAAUAAUGAAAAUUAUAGAUCUCCUGUAGAUUUUACUAAGUUUGAACCAAGCUUUUUUAGAAGAUAUGUAGCAUUCUUUAAUGAAGAUGAAAAAAUUAGGAAUUUAGAUAUAUUAAAAGAUAAAGAAUAUUAUUGUAAAGAGAUCAAUGAACAUUUUAGUAAUUUGGAAAUUAAUCCUGUGGAAGUAAUUCGAACAUUUCUAGUAUUAAAAAAAAUUUCAGAAUAUUCAAAUCAUUAUACUGGUGUUUCACCAGCUCCAUCUCCAGAACCGGGUGUAUUAAUUUCAGAAAAUGGUAAAAAUCGUAAAGGUACUUCAUGCAAAGAAUCUAUUGCGGAUCCAUCAAUUAUAGAUUCAAAUACAAAUACUAUACCUAAUUCUCAUUAUAGUGAAGAAACAUAUAAUUCCGUUAUAAAUCCUUUAGAUUAUGAUAAUGAUAAUAAUACAUCUACAAGAGUAAGCAGGAAAUCUAAAGCAGGUGGAAGAGGAAGAAGGUGA